GGUCACACUGAACAUAUAAAAAAUUUCGCAAUAGCGGCGGCUCGGUUCUUAAUUAAUUCAUCGCAACUAAAUCCACUAUGAUUGCACUCUGAUCGGCGUCGGAAGAUCGGAAUAAUGAGUGUCAGCAUUGUGCAGUACUACGGGAGACAGGAGUCCAAAUGCGGCUACUGCGCCGGCAAAAACUGCAGCCUGUCGCACGGUAUGCACGCCUAUCGGCUGGACAGCCAGGACUACCAGGACCUCAUCGAUCGCGGCUGGCGACGCUGCGGCAACUACUGCUACAAGUUCCGCAACCAUGAGACCUGCUGUCCCUGCUACACCAUCAAGUGCGACGGGCUGCAGUUCAAGCUGUCCAAAUCGAACAAGCGCAUUCUGCGCCGCAUGAAUCGUUUUUUGCGCGAUGGCAAGCGGGACUCCAAACCGGAAGGCGGCGACGGUGAGGGGGAUCCAGAUGGCGAUGAAGUCACAGGGUCUGGCGAGGCUACCGCCAGCGAACCGCAGCCCCAGCUGCCCGAUAAGAGUCCGGCGGUUAUCAAUGUGGACCAGGUUGCAUCACUGGCACGGGCUCAGAAAAAGCCCACCAAGCAGGCUCCUGCUCCAACGGCUGAGGCCCCAACGCUGGGCUCCAAUAAAUCUGCAGCACCGAUCUCAAAUGCGCCGCGCAAGAAGGCCAAGCAAAUGCGAUUGGAGCGCAGGCAAGCCAAACUGGGAGACUCUGCCUCGACCUCUACCUCAACGAAAUCGCUUUCCCAGGAAAAGAGCCUACGCGACUUCUUGUCGUCCGACAGCGAGACUAACAAACACCAGUUGAAGAUCGUUUUGGUCGCUUCCUCAGACACACAGCGUACUUGUGCCGAUGCAGUGAUCGCUUUGUAUCGCAAAUAUCAAGUAACCAUUCACAACGAUAACCCCGCACGCCUCACCCUAGCUAGUAUGCAGCGGUUCUUGGUCAAAUCACCCCUUAAGAAUGAAAAACCUAGCGAUGGACCCGAAAUGGGCUAUGGAUCCUUUCAUCAGCAAUAUUGGCUGGACGAUAAGUUGAUUGCCGUGGGUGUGAUUGAUAUUCUGCCCGCGUGUGUAAGCUCUGUUUACUUCUUUUACGAUCCGGAUUACAGUUUUCUAUCGCUGGGCACAUAUGGUUCUCUUAGGGAAAUUGACUUGGUGCAGACGAUCGCCGAGCAUGUGCCUGCCUUAAAGUAUUACUACAUGGGCUUCUACAUACACUCCUGCCCAAAAAUGCGCUACAAGGGCAAGUUGUCCGCCUCAUUUUUGCUGUGCCCAGAGACUUAUGAGUGGUUUCCGCUCACCGAUGCCAUACGCUCUAAGCUAGAUGAAGAAAAAUACCAACGCUUAAACUUAGAUCCUGCUGCUAGGGAUGUGAAUGAAUUUUUAAUGGAGCAUUUGGAUGAAGUUAUGCUGCUAUUGGAUUCCAAAACAUGCGCAGAUUACAAGCGUUAUGUGCAGCUGCGUGGCCCAGACAACGAUGUCGAUACGAUUAUUGAGUAUAGUAAGCUCGUAGGAAAAGUCUGUGCCCACCGCAUGCUAUAUGUGAAUAUGCUGUGAAAGAUGUAAACUGAAAUAAUUGAAUUUGUUUAGAUUCUCUGUUUAAAAUCUUAGUCAAGUAGAGUUUGUAAUUGAAAUUAUUUUGAUUGUUUAUAUUACGUUCGCGUUAGCAAAGAUGUACUAAAAUAAUUCUGCAACAUGUUGAAAUUAAAUAAGUUUUAAUAAGGCUGCCAUCCAAUGGUCCUGCACCUAAAA